GCAAAUGCUACUAUAAUUAAAUAUAUAAUUAUUAAUUAAUACAGUUCCAAACAAAGUAUUAGAUUUGCAAACUUGCUUUAUGGAGUACGCAAUUCCUUUGAAAGUUUGCUAAAUCCAGUUUGCUACUGUCUCUGCGAGUUGUAUAGGUAUCAGCCAUCCUGUUCUAGACACACAUAUUCUUUACAUUUAAUUAAAUUAAUAUUCCACUAUACCUCUGUUAUUGUAAUGCAUCAGUAACGGGGCAUGUGUCUCUUUACUACACUGACUAGGUGCUGAUCUGCUCCUCACCACAGUAAUCUCAACUAAUCCUUUUAGUGUUCGUCUUAAUCUACGGCAGUGUUUGGAAAUGUCACAGUCCUGCUCAGGCAGAGAGUGGUACUUCUUUCGAGGGACAGUGGUGUGUGAGAUGCUUUAUGUGUCUGUGAAGCGAUGCAUCCACUUCUGUAUGCAGACCUCUCUUUGUGUUUGGCUUUGGUGGUCUGUGCACAGAGUCCAUCGUGUCCAUCUCUGUGCACCUGUGUGCUCCAUGAUCGCAGCAAUGCCAAGGGACUCAGAACGGUGCUCUGUAAAAACCCAGCCUUGACCGCCAUUCCAGUAGAUCUACCAAGUGAUGCAGUCAAGUUUCGUCUGGAGCGCACCUCUGUUUCCAGGAUCUUCAGAGGUGCUUUCUCUGGCAUGCCAGAACUGCUUUAUUUGUGGCUUACAUAUAACUCCAUCACUGUUCUGCAUCCAAGGAGUUUCACAAACCUGUCUUUCCUUCAUGAGUUACGAUUGGACGGGAACCUCCUGUCCUCCUUCCCCUGGGAGGGACUCAGGGAUGUGCCCCGCCUCCGGACACUUGGAUUGCACAAUAACCGCCUGGCACGAAUCCCACCCCUGGCUGCACGUUACCUUAUCAAUGUGACUUACCUGGACCUCUCCAGCAACAGGCUGAGCACCCUGCCCAAUGAUCUGACUGCUCUCUGGCCGCUCAGUGACAGCUCGCAGACGCAGGGCUCAGUGGUUUUAGGUCUUCAGGACAACCCCUGGGUGUGUGACUGUAGACUUUCCACUUUGCUUGACAUUAGUAAAGCCCCAGAAACUUCUCUGGUCCUGUUGGAUCGAUUCCUGACCUGUAGUGAACCGCCAGAUCUCGCCGGAGUUCCCUUUCAGAGCGUGGAACUCACCCGCUGCCGCAGGCCCUACGUGGUGACCUCUGCCACCAAGAUCACAGCUCUACUGGGCAGCAAUGUCUUACUUCGCUGUAAAGCCACAGGACACCCAACCCCAACACUUAUGUGGAUCAAGUCUGCCAUACCCAACCUUUAUAAACAAGGUUGUUGUAAGCAGAUGCAAAGCAGCAUGGACACUGAAAGAUUGCCAAGAAAACUUUCUGGAUAUGUACAAGAGUCUCCACGUGUGGGAAUCCGCUGGUCAGCAGUCAGUCUGAAUGGAAUAUCGUAUAGCGACGCAGGGGAGUACCGCUGCAGAGCACAAAACAUGGCCGGGAUAUCAGAGGCCAUUGUCAGUCUGAAUGUGGUCGGGGUAAUGGCUGAAUAUGCAGACUCCAAAAACUCUGACCAACAGCAAACAGCUGCAAAAUCAAACAAUACAAAGCGGAAACCCAACCAGAAGUCUAAGGUGAUGCCUUCUUUGUUACCUCGAAACAUGACUAGGCCGCUCUCGCCUCCAAAGAGAGUCAUGAAAAUCCCCAAAACCAGCAGAGACAAAAUGAAAAGAGACCGGACAGCCGUACAGAAGCUGCCGCAGAGACGCUUUUUGAUCGCUUCUGAAAAUCCACUGCCAAGAAGACAAAAACCUCAUGUGUCCAUGUCGGUUCACACCUGACAUAUUCAAAUUAAAUAUGUAUAAUUUCAGGAAGUUACUUUUUUCUUAUAAAUGACCGUAACCUUGAGUAUAUUUCCUCGGCUAAGAGGUUAUUUUUUUUAUUAUUUACUCAGCUAUGUCCACUGGAUGGCAGCUCUGAGCUAAGGACGCUUCACCACUAAAGGAGCAAGUGAACUGAAAUUGUACUUUUGAAAAGUGUCCAAAUUGAUGUUCCCUCACAUGAACCGCUAGUCAUAUCAGUAGUCUCAUAAAAGUCACAUACAAGGCUUAUAGAUGACCUAUUAUCAUCCAUCCAUAUACCGACUGACAAAGGCUACAUCAAGUAUUAAAGAAAACGAAUGCUUUAUAAAAAGUACCUCUUUUGUAAUGUGUGGCUGACCAUUUAUUCCUGAUAGAUCCAAGUGAACAGCAGCUGUUGAAUAAUUCAAUUGAAGUUUAUUUAUACAGUGCUUUUUUAUAAUACAAAUCAUUGCAAAGCAGCUUUACAGGAAAUUAAGUAAAUUAAUAAAUUGCAGAAACAUAAUACAUUUUAAUAGCACACUGAAUGUCACAGUAAAGGCCAAAAAAGGGACAAGAUGAUCAUUUUGCUGACCUUAUUUCUUAUUUCUGCUAGGGCGUUAAUAGUGAGUCAAAGAGAGUGAUGAAAUUCAGCGAGCGAUUAUUCAUCUUGACAGCAUGUAACAGCUUCUCAUCUCUCUUUUAUCAUAUUCCAAGAUAACACAUUUACAGUGCCAUUGUUAACACUCCUUAUUAUUUUGCAUUUACCAGAAAUAUUACGCACAAACUGAUGAUAACAAAUGAUUUAUGAUUAUGAUAACUAAUAUGUUGAUGAUAACUGAUUUAACCAAGUCUUUCAUAUCUACCUUGCAGAACUCUUAUAAAAAAAAUCCUGAUUUCUCCCUAAAAUAUUCCACCGUCAUGAUGAGAAAGUCUGCAGGGUGGAGUGAUCAGCCCCAAAACACUAAGCGUAAUUGCAAUACUCAGUUUUUGUUAUGGGUUUUUAAACUCAUACCUGAUAGUCAUCACACUAAACGACAACAUCUAGCUCAAAUGACCAAAAAUAAUUGUCCAAAUUUAUACUUACACUGAAGUGGAUUCA